AGUUAGAUCCUCAAUGACAUGGUGAUGGCAAUGGAAUUGGAAGCGGCAGCAGCAGCAGAGGGGCAAUAGCAAUAGUAAUAGUAAUAGCAGUAGUAAUUGUAGUACUAGUCCCUGAUUGGUUUGUUAGUUUGAUUGAUUACAAAGAAAUCACCACCCCCCCCCCCCCCCCCCCCCCCCCCCCCCCCCCCCAACAACCAAUCCCCAAAAAAUGGCGGCGGCGAUGGUGUACCAAAUAUUCGCAUCCACAGGGCUGGUAUCUCUGGGACUCUUCCACCUCGUCGCCACCACUUGGCACCACCUAAAAUCCCCACAGUCUUACUCCGCAAAGCCAUUCCACACAAUACCUUUUUCAUCGUCGUCGUCGUCUCACCGCCUCAAACACCUGCAGCUCUACCUCCUCAUCGCCUUCCUGGUCGUGGCCUUGGCCCACCAGACCCUCAUCUCCUACGACUCCGACCCUCUCCUCAAAGGCCGAACCCCAGUCCACCGCUUCACUUCCCUCCAAAACGCCGCCGUUCUGUUCCUCUUCCUUGUCCUUUCGCUUGCCCUCCUCCUCUCCGAGUGCCUCCCUUCCCUCCUUCCUCUCCCCAACGACCUUUUCUUCGCCCUUGGCGCCGCUCUCUUCUACCUCCACUCCUCCGUCUCCUCCUCCGCGGCCUCCGUCCAGACCUCCCAACUCCAGGCCAAAUGCGACUCCAUCUCCGCCCGGAUCUCCCUCUUCUGCUCCCUCCUCUCUCUCCUUCUUGCCUGCCAGCCCAGACUCUUCGUCGCCGAUUCUGCUCUCGCUGCCGCUCUCUGCCUCCAGGGUCUGUGGGUCUUGCAAACGGGCCUUUCCCUCUACGUCGAUGCCUUUAUACCUGAGGGAUGCCAUAGGCUGCUCGAUGUCGUCAAUGGCGUCGAGGGCUCUACUAAAUGCGAUUUGGAGGACUCCAGCUUGCGAGCCGUCGCCAUUUUGGAUCUGCUUUUCUUGCUCCACGUCAUGUUCGUUAUGCUCCUUGUCAUGGUUGUUUAUGCUGUUGUUGCCAAGACUGUUGGUGUGGGGGUUCGCAGAUUGGGUUCAUACGAGGCCUUGCCUAAUUCUUCUCUUGAUCAUAACCAUAUUCAGAUGAAGUCGCUUACUGGAACCCAGGCUUAGAACAAAACUAAUGUGACAUGGGAUUACUGGUUAAGAUGGCUUGUUAUACUCUCCAUGUGAAAUUUUUGUGUAGCAUAUGCACAUGGAAUGGAGUGAAACAGAUGGAUGGUAGAAGAGAAGAGAAGGUUGUUUUGUACUGUCUAAAGUGCAAUUGUAUCUCAUCCUUGUUGUUUUUUGUAUUAAAGUUGUGAAUUAAUUGGCUUAGAUGUAUCGAACCAGGAUUCGUAGGACCUUGGUUGCUAUACUGAAUGAUUUACAGUUAUAUAACAUAUUGGGCAGUGAAUGAUCUGGUUAUUGUUUCUUACAAAUUGCA